AUGUCACAACCGUAUAACGCCAGAACCUCAAUGUCACAGCUAAAACUGCAAGAGCUGCUACAGGAGCAGGACGUCCCUAGUACUUGUAUCAAUAGAUUUGACCUUCUCGAGGAGAGAGAUGGGUUCUUCGACCCGAUAUAUACCAAGCCGCCAACUCAAGGUGAUGCAAGGCACAUGAGCGUUAAACACGACAGUCCUAGAUCAUUCAACAAGCUGAUACAUGCUUGGAUUGAAAGCUUACCAAAGGACGUGAGGACGGCUGUUCUUGGGAUAUUGUCGAACUGGAGGAUAGUGUCAAAGUUUACGCUCGCUUACUUCAUAUCUAUCUUGUUGUGCCUCAUAGAUAAAUCAGGUUCAUGGUUUGGAAAUCAUAGAGAAUGGUUACCGAUAUCAACAAUCAUAAACCACCCGGUGCACAGUAUCGGUGCACAGGUGGAGCUGACAGUGCAGUCAAUAUGUGGGCUGGCAAUUGGACUUGGAUGGGGGUCGUUGGCCCUGUACAUAUCUACAGCGACACAGCCGACAAGAAACCACCAGGGUGGUAUCCUUGCAGGAUCGCUGGUGAUUGGUAUCUUCUUAAUGGGCUGGUUUAAGGCGUACUUCAUCAGAUUCUACUACUGUCUCAUGACUUCAGGGUUUGUAUUGAUAUUCUUAUCGACAAAUCUCUUCCUGAGCGAAACAACUGUCGUAUGGCAUAACUGUUGGGAUAUUGCAAUUCCAUAUCUGUUCGGUCUACUCAUUUCACUAUUUGUGUCCUUUGUAUACUUCCCAUAUCUUGGUCUUGAAAACAUGACAAAAGGGUUGUUGAAUUGUAUGGGUGAUACCAAGAAAUUACUGUCGGCAUUCAUAGAGAUAGAUAAGGAUUCAGACUCAGAAAUCAUUAUAAACUUACAGAAGAAUCUCAUUCACGAUAUGCUUGUGCUCUCGGAAACAUUCAGGGAAUUCCUAAGUGGUGCUAAGGUAUCCCUUUUCGAUGAUGAAGACCUCAAGGCUAUUAGAAACCAUAUCAAUUUUGUCAUUUCACCAUUGCGUGCAAUCCCAGUACCGACAAAUAUCUACGCAAAUAAAGACCAAGAGAAGUUUUCCAGUACAGAACAGACGAACGUUGACAUCUCAGAGAACCAAUCCCCAAUAUUCUCAGGGACUAUAACACCAAUACCUCGACCACGUGGUAUGGGUCCUUUCAAAUUGAACAACGAUAUGGUUUACAUGUCCAUCAUGAACGAUGCUUUCAACGAACCACUCUUUAAAUUGAUACAUCAAAUGGUUGCGACAAUUGACCAGAUCGAACAUACCAUCAAAACUUUGGGAAAUUUAGGAGAUAAAACUGACUUGAUCGUUAAACUCGAUGAGAGGAAGGGUCAAUUGAAGACAAAGGUCCAUCAAAUGGAUUUAGCUUAUCGGAAAUUUGCCAAAUCUGAAUACUUCUCAAGAGAUUUGCUCAACGAAGAAGCUGUGAUUAACAUAUUCUUAUUCGUACGUUAUUCACGACAAGCUGCUGUGAUGAUUUUGAAGUUAUCAGAUGCGAUUACUAAAACGGUUGAGAGAUCCCAUGGGAGACGGGUGCAUCUGCCUAAUUAUCCUCUGCGUCGUGCACUUCGUCGUCUACCUAAACAGUGUCUUAGAGAUCAAGGUGCAGACUCUGUAUAUCACUAUUUUGAAACAAAGAUUGACGUUGAUGAUGCAUUUGAAAGAAUUUACAAUUUAAACACCUCAAGAAACAAACAGCAUCAUAAGAGCACGUCCACAACUAUUCGUGCUAUUGAUCAUCAUGAUUUCAGCUUCCACUCAACAAAGAAUCCCCUCAGAUUCAAGCUCUGGGAAUUGAUCUCCGAACUCAACGAUACACAAGCUAAGUAUGCCACGAAGGUUUCCAUUGUGGUGCUUUUCUUGUCAUUGCCUUCAUGGUUAGUAGUUUCGUGGCAUUGGUACUACACUUAUCGUUGUUAUUGGUGUCCAAUAUUGGUCUACUACUUCCUCAGUCCAAGGAACUCUAGUACAUGGGCUAAUCUAAAGACUAGACUGAUGUGUUGGUUCAUGGGUUGUUUCUGGGGAUGGGCUGCUAAUCAGGCACACCAUUUCAAGAAUAGCAUUGUCAUCGGGGUGUUUGCCAUCCUAUUUUGUAUACCUUUUUCGUACGGGUUCCUUGUUGAGAAACAUGCACGUUCAAGUUUCAUGGGCAUGCUGAGCUUCACCAUAGUUGCACUUGAUAUAAAGAUCAUUGCCUCUGAAAGCUCUGCGUCGGUUUGGCACCAUACAUGGCCAGUCUCUCUGGCCAUUCUUAUCAGUAUAUUCACAUCUGUUUUGACCAACUGGCUGAUCUGGCCAUUCUCUGCAAAACGUGAACUGUACAAGGCUACAUACUCGUUGUUGCAGCAUAUCGGACAGUCAUACCAGUCAGUUAGUGAAAGAUAUCUUUACAGGGAUCAGGAUGAUGACCCCACUGACCUCACUUUGGAGCUGGCCAACAUCAGGGAGGUUAGAAUGUCACAGAGUGUAGAGGCUGUGAAGAUUCUGCUGGCGAAGGCUAAGACUGAAUAUGACGUUACGCAUACAUUCAAGCCUGAGAUAUUCGAAAUCCUGUUGAACUGUUGUGAUACUAUCCUAGAGAACAUUAUCGAGGCAAGAAUGAGCGGAAUAUACGUCAAAGUUUGGGAACAGGAUGAGGAUGAAGAUACCACCCAGGCGCUCUUGUCUCAUCGCCGUGACUCCGUGACAACUGUCAUCUACAUCCUGUAUAUCCUGUCCAACGCCUUUCUCUCCCGUAUGCCAGUCCCAAGGUAUCUGCCCUCGUCAAUCAGUAUCAGAAAAGAGAUGUUUGAUAUGAUUGCCGAGCAAGAGAACAAAAGGUUCCAUUCAUAUAACCCUCAUCGCCUUAAUCUGGAUGACCUGUCGCAGAGAUUAACAGAGGUGAACACCUCAGAGAGAGAAGGUGCAGCGUAUUCAAAAACGCACUGGACCGAGGUUCACGGAAUGGCAUUCUCGAGGGCGUUCACCUCAAUCACCGAGGAACUCGAGAACAUAAUACAUCUAUCCAAGGAAAUCUUGGGAGAAGAGGACAUCUUCCAUUGA